UGAGCUCCCAGUCUCAUGGUGGUGGAAGAAGAGACUCCAGAGCAUCAUGGCGACCUCCUGAAGGAAAGCAGAUCUACAAUGUCACAUGUCUCUGAUUAUUAUUAUUAUUAUUUAUAUGAUUAAUAAAGAGAUUCAGUCGUUAUUAAACAUUCUGCACCAUGUUCAGUGCCAGUGUGCGCAGGUUGGCAGCGGGUACAGUGGGCACAGUGGGUACAGUGGGCACCAGCCCAGUAUCGGAGGUUAAACGCUUUAUAUCGGUCAGUUCGUGUCUUUGUGCUAAAAUCGCAUCCAGGAAGAAACCGCAUCAUGUUCCUGAGAUCAGCGGCCUGCAGAAGAUCACCUACGCCGACAGGAUGCACUACGUUCCCGGCCUGGCCAAGCCGGUGUUCCCGGACUGGGAGAGAGACUGGAACGAUCCGAGCCGGUACCGGUCACCCCCAGCAGAGCACAUGAGGCUGUACAGAGAGAAACCGUGUUACAUCUACAACCAGAGGACCAACCCGCUGGAAGGUGUUAGACAGGCGCUUUGGCUCACCAAGUCCAAAAUGAUCGAGGGUUUCCCCGCUCAGCUCCUGGCACUAACCGAGAAUCCAGCCAAUCAGAUCGAGAAUCAGGACGAGAGGGUGCAGGACGCCAUCAGACACGCCCGGUUCUGGGACACCAGUGAACCCAGGCCUCCGAGAGAACGAUUCUGUCCGUCUCUCUUACACAGCCUGCUCCACCUGUGCCGAGGAUUACAGGUCACCUAUCCGGCGCUGGCACACAGGAUGCUGGCAGAGGAAUACAGCCUGGCAGCCAGCUGGAGCAGAGGUGAAGACCAGUUUCAGGUACGAGGUCGGAACGGGCUCCUGCUGAACAGCGCAGCUCCUCUUCCUGCUCUGGCCGGGGACGAGGAGGUCGGCGCCACGUCCGCUCACGUCCUGGAGACCUUCUACCCCAUCGCGCCCACCAUCGACCUGCAGUGCGCCAACGUCUACGAUCUCAAGAACGACACCGGUUUCAGACAGGAUUACCCGUACCCCCACGCUCACACCCUGUACGUGACGGAGGCCGGAGACACCCCCAAACUCCUCGCCGAGCAGCUCCGCGCUAAACUCGUCAUGUUUGCUUUCGGGAACGCCCUCGCCCGCGCCCGGGCUCAGUACGGGAACCAGUCUCAGGUGCUGGAGAAGCCCAUCGUGGUGCAGGGCGUGGCCACUAACGGGCGCCUCUUCCAGUUCGUGGUUUUCCAGCUGAACACCACGGAUCUGGAGUCGGACGGCGGCGUGAAGAACCUGGCGUGGGUCGACGCCGAUCGGCCGCUGUACGACUUCGCCAAGAUCCGGCCCUUCAUCAAGAAGAAGGUGGUGAAGGUUCCUGCUGGUCUGUCCGGAUAUCAGCCCGACACCUUCCGGAAAUUCCUGGCGCUCUACCUCAACGGAGUGGCGUAAAAAACAAACAAACAAUCCUUUGAUGUUUUUCAUGUAUCAUAGUUUACUGUCCAAAUAAAAAGAAUAAAAUUAUA